CUCAGCAGGCUUGCUCUCUCUGUGUUGUAAGAGCGCGCAUGGAGGACGGUAGGAUGGAGCGGAUGGAGUCGAUGGAGCCGAUCUCCGCGCACUACACCACGGCUUACCCGGAGAUCCAUCCCGAUAGCGGGUACGAAUCCAGAGAGACCGCCGACAGCCAGGCAAAGACUCCCCCAGCUCCGACAUAUGACGAGGAAUUAGUGCACAAGACAAUCCUGGUCGGGGACAGUGGAGUGGGAAAGACGUCGCUGCUGGUGCAGUUCGAUCAGGGAAAGUUCAUCCCCGGCUCCUUCUCCGCUACAGUGGGCAUUGGAUUCACGAACAAAGUGGUGACUGUUGACGAUAUAAAAGUCAAACUACAGAUUUGGGACACAGCAGGACAGGAGAGGUUCAGAAGUGUGACACAUGCAUAUUACAGAGAUGCACACGCUUUGCUCCUCCUGUACGACAUCACCAGCAAAACCUCCUUUGACAACAUAAGGGCAUGGUUGACAGAGAUCCAUGAGUAUGCACAGAGCGAUGUAGUCAUCAUGUUGCUGGGCAACAAGGCUGACAUGAGCAGCGACAGAGCCAUCCGGAGAGAGGAAGGAGAGCGGCUGGCCAGAGAGCAUUCAGUUCCCUUCAUGGAGACAAGUGCCAAGACAGGAGUCAACGUAGAGCUGGCCUUCACUGCUGUGUCCAAGGAACUGAAGCACCGGGCCGUACAACAUCCCAAUCAACCCAAGUUCCACAUUCACGAAUACAUUGAAGCACAGAAGGAGAAAUCCGGCUGCUGCAGCUACUUCUGAAUCUCCUAUCCACUCUGGUACUGUGUGGGAGAAAUCCCUAUAAACUCACUGCUGCUCCCAAAAUCCCAUACUCCCAUGAUGCUGCCAUUCACUCUGGACUAAAAGCUAGAAAGAUAAACCGAGCUAUAGACUCACAAAACACACAGUUCUUUUUACCGUGGACCUGAACAUUUGUAAUAGAAAUGCAAGCAAAUAGUAUUAAAAGUAUUUUAAUUUGAUUAAAUAACCUUAUGCUAUUUGCUUUCUUUGUGAAAGAUCAUAACCAGCCUUGUGUAUGUGUGUUAGGUACGAUUGAAACAGCUCGCCUGGUUCGGUCCAAAGUUUGAAAAUACUCCUCACCUCCAAAGCUCUUAAAUGCCAAUGCCAAUACCAACCGAGCAACCGACCGAGCGACCGAUCAACCGACCGAGCGACCGAUCAACCGACCGA